GCCGGAAGUCAGACAUCGGCGGGAUUUGGGCUUGAUAUGCUGAAAAGUCUCCGUAGAAGCUGAAGAACCGACCUUCUUCUCUUCCAGUUGCCUUCCUGGACCACGUUCUCAUUAGUUUCUCAUGACACUUCUAGCUCUCACGACACCAAAUCCAGACAUACCUUGACACACGAUCGAACACCUAGUGAAAUUGGCUCGUGACGGGCAAGUACGCACGAGAUCACUUUGAACAACAGCCCACGAGCUGCGAGUGGUAUCCAUGCGACCGAAAAUCCUUAUGAUCCACGGUGGCGGCACUACGCCGGACAUCUUCCGCAUCCAAGCCCGCAAGCUCGACGCUGCCCUCUCCCAGUUCUUCGACCUCCACUAUGUCUCGGCUCCCAUCGAGUGUCCCGCGGGUCCGGGAGUCCUCCCAUUCUUCGCCGGCAUGGAGCCGUUUCUGAAGUGGAUGCACGACCAACCGCCCGAUCUCGAGGAGCUCGACACGUUCCCAGCUCUUGACGAUAUGCUUCAAGUUUUCCACAGCGAAGGUCCGUUCGAUGGUGUCGUCGCCUUUUCGCAGGGUGCCAAAGCGGCAUUGCAUCUCUUGCGACACCUCGAGCGGGAGAGGGGCGGAGAGAGAGCGGUUGAUUUUGUCAUCACGGUGUGUCCGACUUGUCCGUUUCAAGGGAUCAAGGACCCAAAGGAUCGAAGAAGCCCGUAUGCGAAGGCGUGUUUGGAGCUGGGCAAGGUGCAGACCGAAAGUAUCCAUGUGCUGGCGAGCGGCGAUCCGUACAAAUACGAGAGCGAGUCGAUGAUCGAGUUCUUUGAGCCGUCGGCGAGGAAGGUGUUUAGGAUCGAGGGCGGACAUCACAUGCCGAUGGAUGAUGGGUUCAAUAGGAAGCUGGCGGCGAUGGCGGCGAGGAUCUAUAAUGGGAUAUGAUCGGACGUGGCCUCGGUGGCUAUGCGGGAUUCGUGUCGAGGAGGAUGGUAUCGGGGAGAAUCGUAUAGAGGAGGGCAAGAGGCGUCAGGCUCGCUGGGAGGCGCUUUGUGAAACGGUGAUCGAGAAGGCUUGGGGGUUGGUGCGACUGUGCGGGCGGAGAUCGAGCGUGUCAAUGUGUUGGGUGUUUGUGGCUCCUUUUUCUUCUCCGUCUCUCGUCGCGAAUCAUUUCUCUUGACCCGCGAAUCUACAAUAUCUUCUUUUCCAGGGUCGGCGU